CGCUCAAAAGUCACGAUAGAGAUUUGGUCAAGCCACCCACAAAAUUAAAGCAGAAGCUCUUUUCUGUGCCCCCAAAAAUGCAUCAAAGCAGUGGUUUCUCUCUUUCUUUCUCUCUCUCUCUCUCCCAUCCCAACCGUCCACAUCAUGUCCGAAACAGAAGCAAAAUUACCCAGAAAACGUUUCUAUCGUCAACGUGCUCAUGCAAACCCUUUCUCUGAUCAUAAUUUGGAAUAUCCUGCCAAACCAGAACUGAUGGAUUGGACACGCCAUUAUCCUCAAUACUUUCCUGCAAAGGAAGGACAACCAGUGAAAAAAGUUGAAUUUGCAGAUAUAGGUUGCGGAUAUGGUGGUUUAUUGAUCGCGCUUGCUCCUCUUUUCCCUGAUACGCUCAUGAUGGGUAUGGAAAUUCGCACAAAAGUGGAAGACUAUGUCUACGAGAGAAUCAAAGCACUUCGUGUGCAACGACCUGGCGAGUAUCAGAACGUGUCCAUUAUGCGUAUGAACGCCAUGAAGUUCUUGCCCAACUUUUUCGAAAAGGGUCAGUUAUCCAAAGUCUUCUUUUUGUUUCCUGAUCCUCAUUUCAAACAAAGAAAACACAAGGCGAGAAUUAUCAGUCCCACCUUGUUGGCUGAAUAUGCCUAUGCUUUAAGAGUGGGAGGUAUUUUGUACACCAUUACAGAUGUCAAGGAUUUACAUUUGUGGAUGGUGAAGCAUCUGGAUGAGCACCCUUUGUUUGAGAGAAUAUCAGAUGAUGAAUGUGAUCCUGUAGUCCCUCACGUUCGCACAGCAACAGAAGAAGGUAAAAAGGUGGAAAGAAACAAGGGAGACAAGUUUUUAGCAUGUUAUCGUCGCAUUGAAGAUCCUUAUUAUACCUCGUAAUACGUGAAUGACUUUCUCUUUUUUUUUUUUUUCUUGUUUC